AAUGUCAGCAAUGAACCAUUUUUUGCGGGUUUCCAGUACGGAUUGAGGUCCAUUUUACCAACGCCCACCCUCCAAACAAAGGUAUAAUUCUUUUCGAAUUUUAGGGUUCUCGAGGGUUGCUGCCGACCAUAAUUGAGAAAUCUCUCCCGACUCCAUUUCGUUUCUCCUCCGAAAACUCUCCUACAAUGGUUUCCUCCAAGAAGACGAAGAAGACACAUGAGAGUAUAAACAACAGGUUGGCUCUUGUGAUGAAGAGUGGCAAGUACACUCUUGGUACCAAAACUGUUCUUAAAACCCUCAGAAGUUCCAAAGCAAAAUUGGUGAUCAUUUCAAACAACUGCCCACCAUUGAGGAAGUCUGAGAUAGAGUAUUAUGCUAUGUUGGCUAAGGUUGGAGUUCACCAUUACAAUGGAAAUAAUGUUGAUCUCGGAACUGCUUGCGGAAAGUACUACAGGGUGUGCUGCCUCAGUAUUAUCGACCCUGGUGAUUCAGAUAUUAUCAAGAGCAUGCCUGACCACUAAAUUUAGUUUUUAGGUGGUGAUUGUUUCAGUGAGUUCUUGCAGAAAGCAGUUUUGAAGUUAUUUUUCUGUUUUUAAUCUUCUGGAAGUAGACAUACAUCUGGUUCUGGGAGUUCGAUCUUGCGACUAAAUUGCAUUUAUGUAUUUUGUUUCGUUUUAAACCUUUUGAAUGCCAUUGUUUGAUUAUCAGUGAUA